CCUCGUUCUUUCUCCCCUCAGCCCCUGGCAUUCGGAUCGCCGUUGCGUCUCUUCUCCCUUCACUCCCACGAGAGAAAAAACAACAGCAGCAAAGAAUUCCUCCUUCCAAUUAAAAAAUCCCCCUUCUAUUUCUAUAACCCUAUCCCCUCCUUUUAUUUCCUUCCUAUUCCAGGGUUUCGGUCAUCAAGAAUCGAACGCCACCAUAGGUCUAGGGUUUCGAUUGCGGCCAUGCCCCUUUUCUAGGGUUUCGAUCCGGCGAUCGUUCAAGAAGCGCAAAAAAUGGCGGAUUUCCGGCAGAAGGACGCCGAUCUGGAGUUCCGGCGGGGUCUGGAGGAGCUGGUCCGCGGACACCUCGACGGAUGCAUGACCGCCCUCUCCUCUUCCUGCGGCGGCGACGACGAGGACGACGCCUCCGCCGAUGGCGGCCCCGACCAGCUCGCCCGCCGGCGGCGGCGCUCGGAUUUGGAGGGCGACGACCUCGCCGAGUCCUCGGCCGCCGCCCGACGGCACUCCCGGAUCCUCAGCCGCUGGGUUGCCCGCCAGGCCGAGGAGAUGAUCACCACCAUCGAGCGGAGGAAUCGGGAAUCGGAGCUCAUGGCCCUCGCGGGGCUGCACACGGUUUCCAUGCUCGAUUCGUCGUUCCUCCGGGAGUCCCGGCGGUCUCCCUCGUCGGUGGAGCGGCCGGUGGCGGCGCGGGCGUCGUCGAUUCUCCAGAUGUGGAGGGAGCUCGAGGAUAUGUCUGCCGCUAGGGAACGGAGGAGUGCCUCCGCCACCCCUGCGGCGGGCAACCGGAACCGGGCUGAGAGCCGGGAGCAGGAGCGGGAGCUCCGCGGGAGCUCGGAGGAUGCGAGCGAGAGUGACUAUAAUGCCUACGAUCGAUGGACUCAUGGAACUGUGGACUCGACGGGAAGACCAGGCGAGGUGGAGGAGGAUCGGGGGUCUAGCAGGGAGCAGUCGCCUGAUGUCGGGGACGGGGAGAGGGAGAGGGUGAGACAGAUCGUUCGUGGGUGGAUGACGGAGAAUGGCAUGGGAGACACGGAGUCGAGAGUCUCUCCGAGGAAUGAAAGCCCGAGGGCGGAGUGGCUUGGUGAGAAUGAAAGGGAGAGAGUGAGGCUGGUGAGGGAGUGGGUUCAGAUGGCGAGCCAGCAGAGAGAUGCCCGGGCUAGCAGGAGGGUCGAGAGGGAAAGGGAGAGGGGGAGGGAUGGAUCAGUCACGGAUCAUGAGGAAGGGCAGCCGGAGCAUGUAAGGAGGGACUUGCUGAGGCUCCGAGGGCGGCAAGCUCGCCUUGAGCUGGUUAUGAGGAUGGCGAGGGAGAGGCAGAGGGAGCUUCAGAGCUUGUCAGACCUUCGGACAGUUUCAGAUUUUGCUCACCGCAAUCGGAUUCAGUCACUACUCAGAGGUAGAUUUUUAAGAAAUGGAGGACCUAGUGAGGAGAGGCCACCUUCAGUGGCAGCAAGAGAAUUAGGUCAGCUAAGACAACGCCAUCCUGUCUCUGGUUUAAGAGAGGGAUUUCGCUUCAGAUUAGAGAAUAUUGUUCGUGGUCAAGCAAUCAGCCAAUCUGAUAAUUCAGCUAGUCAAAACAUCACUGUUUCCGGAAAUAAUCAAUCUCAACUAAGCACUGACGUGGAGCUACCUGAUGAUAACCAUGAACAAUCUCAACUUAGGAGUGAGAACAUUGAUAUGCAUCAAUCAACAGAGACACAUGAAACAGCUGGGUUGGAAAACAGUAUCCUUAAUGAGAAUAUGGACAUGCAAGAACCAACAAUGAAUCAAGUGGAGAAUUGGCAGGAAGAAAACAUAGAACAUGAGAGAAGAGACUGGCAGCAGUCUACUGAAGGUGGUUACAGUGAUUGGCAUGAAGAGACUGGAGAAGAAUCUGAUGAGAACUGGCAUGAAAAUGUAGAACAGGAAUGGCUGCAUGAAGCACCAGAAGAUGAAGAUGGAGAAGGCAGCCAUCUCCCAGAAGUGCAUGAGGAGUGGCAUGAGGAUGAAUCUCAUGAUACUGCUGAAAACUGGCAUGAUGAACAUCCAGAUCCUCCAAGAGGUCAACGGUCCAUUCCCAUUAGAAGAGUCAAUAGAUUUAUUCCUCCUGAUGACGAGAAUGUGUAUAGCAUGGAACUCAGGGAACUCUUAAGCAGGAGAAGUGUUUCUAAUCUUCUUCGCAGCGGCUUUCGUGAUAGUUUAGACCAGUUGAUACAAUCCUAUGUUCAACGGCAGGGCCGUGCUCCACUUGAUUGGGAUUUGCAAAGAACCUUGGCUAACCCAACCUCACCUGAGGAAGAUCAGGACCGGCGUAGGGAUGAUGCAGACCAGGACAUUCAGGAUUCUGUUCCCAGGCCGCCGCCUCCUCUGCGACCACCUCCACCAUUCCCACCUCGACAACCGCUAUGGCACUCAGAACUGCAUCAUAAUAAUUGGACCAGACAGAACAUGCAUCGUUCAGAAAUUGAAUGGGAUAUUAUUAAUGAUUUAAGGGCAGACAUGGCUAGGCUUCAGCAAGGGAUGAGUCACAUGCAAAGAAUGUUGGAGGCUUGCAUGGAUAUGCAACUAGAAUUGCAACGUUCAGUCAGGCAGGAAGUUUCUGCAGCUUUGAAUCGCUCUGCUGGAGGACAAGGGAUGAGUGAGGAAUUAUCUGAGGAUGGAUCCAAAUGGAGCCAAGUGAGGAAGGGGACCUGCUGUAUCUGUUGCGAUAGUCAUAUUGAUUCCCUUCUAUACAGAUGUGGUCACAUGUGUACUUGUUCAAAAUGUGCUAAUGAGUUAGUUCGAAGUGGAGGCAAGUGCCCAUUAUGCCGUGCACCCAUCAUCGAGGUGAUCCGAGCAUAUUCUAUACUGUAAAAUAAAACAAACUCGACAGAACAAAAGGUAAUAAGCCGCUGGACCCUCAAGUUUUGUCGGUGGGAACUAAUCUAGGGGCCCCUGCACUGUGUUUAUAUAAUUGUUCAUUUUUUUUUCAUUGCCUCUGUUGUUCUUGCUGUUCUUGGAACAUUAACAUGUUUCGAGUGGAAUGACAAAUGGCGCCUUAUGUUCAUCAUUAAUGUCACAGACAAAUAUCUAAUGAAAUUCUUUCACUUGUAUCUAUUUCAAGGAAGAUAUAAUGAAAGCCACCUUGAGAUGCUCAUUUUGAGUGCCCAAGUGUGGGCUGGUAAUUAUGA